AUGUCAGAGGGAAAAAGUCCAUCUACUAGUGGCUCUUCGAAAAUCUCGGAAGGAGAAGCAGACCUAUAUCUCGAUCAGUACAAUUUCACAACUACAGCGGCAAUCGUUGGAUCCGUAGAUCGCAAAAUAUUCGUACUUUUAAGAGAUGGGCGCAUGCUUUUUGGAGUUCUACGGACUUUCGAUCAAUACGCAAAUUUGAUAUUGCAACAUUGCGUAGAGAGGAUAUACGUUACCGAAGAGAACCAAUAUGCAGAAUGUGAUCGCGGUGUGUUCAUGGUACGUGGUGAAAACGUGGUAAUGCUCGGAGAGGUAGACAUAGAUCGCGAGGACCAACCGCUGAGCCAGAUGCAGCAAAUUCCGUUCGACCAGGCGUUGGCGGCAAAGCACGCGCAGGACGAGGCCCGGUUUGCAUCCGAAAGCAAGAAGGGAAAGACCAUGGCACAACAUGGCCUAUAUUACGAGUUUCACAAAUCGGACAUAUACUAA